AUGGGCUACAAGUUCAAAGACAAGAUGAUCUGCAUCGAAGCGCUCAAGACCACUUCGGCGACUACACCGCUUUAUUUCAAUGGGGUCACUCAUCACAUAGACAAAAACAACCGCCUGGCAUUGCUAGGUGAUCGAGUUAUCUCUUUAGCUCUAUGCGAUGUUUGGUUCAAGACAGGAAAUACCAAUGCGGAAUACACUUCGAUGCAGCCGGAUAUAGAAAGCAGAGUUGGUUUGGGUAAGAAAGGAUACGCGCUCGGUAUAAACGACAAUCUGCUUCUUCACGAGCGGCACCCCUCCACAUUCAAUCACGUUGCCGAGGCCUUCGAAGCUGUUCUUGGUGCUAUCUACUUGGACUCUGGGAACAACAUCGAAACCGUCAAGGAAGUUAUCACCGGAAUCAAGCUCGAUCGUCACAAGGGAUUAGAAGAGCAGACUACGGCCCAGGAUCGUCUGGACAGUAAAAGACUUGCGGCGCUACAGUACUCUGAUUAUAUGAUGAACCAAGCUGCGUACACUAAAAAAGCCCAGCUGGAGCAUGAUGCAGCACUGGCAGCGAAAGAAGCAGCAAAACUGGCGGAAAAACAGGUGGCAGAUCAGCCUAGAGAGGAGGCGCAAGAAGACAAUAUGUCCACCAAAAGUCAAAUAUACGAUGGACACUCGGGAACAGUUCAGCCUCAAACUAAGAAGAAGAGCAGCGUUGCGCUCACACAUGCGGAGGCCUCGAAAAAUCUAGCCGAUUCCGUGAUCGAAUAUCGCACGAAUGGUCACCCGAGUGACGCAAAGGAUCUGGGCCGACUUGCUAGACAAGACGCGCAACGCCAAAGUCCAGCCUCGAAGGGAAAAGCACCAUCGCAGAAUGCCAAUCAGGGAUCAGAUUCAAAACUGCAACGACGCGCGGUCGUAGCUGCCAACAAGCUAUCGAAAGAAGGCUACCUAUCAAAUAAUGUCUUGGAACACGAUGACAAGAAAACUGUCUCUGUACGCCAAGAUUUGACAGCAUCUCACGUCGAGAACCAGGACAAGGUAGUUACCCGAGGCACCAAACUAUCGCCGGAGGAAGAAGCAGAUGAGUUUGUCGCAUCGAUGAAGUUUCCAGCAGAAAUAGAAUCAUCUGAGGGCUUGAAAAGCAGUGAGAAACGCAUCCUGAGAAUAUCAUGGGACAUGGCGGUACGAAAAUGCGCCGACAGCAUCAGAAUUAGCGAGGAGAGAGACUUUGAGGGAACGUUUGCGCAUAGGUUGAAGCGAAUGGUACGGUACCAGGCACCGGUGAGUGUUUCACCAGAGCCGAAAGCUGCGACGGCAACGAAAGCAAAUCCUACACCACAAGAGACAGAUCCUGCACUGGAGAUAGUAGACACUGUACUAGAGAAAGCAGAGCCUCUACUAAAGACUGGUAUGAACAACGAUAAGCCAGCCCAAAGACGCUCAAACUCGCCAAAGGAAUCCCAUCUUGCAGAAGCAGCCACCACAGAGAUGGAAGAUGAGAAGAACACACAAGUGCGCACCAAGGAUGUUGAAUCACUGGAAAGAGAUAUUCUCAACUCGCACAACACCGUAUGGCAAACGGCCGAUACCGCAGAUGCGUCAACAUCAGAGCAGCACAGCGGACGCACAACUCGUGCACGCCGUUCUGCUGCGGAUGGCCAGGCGGAGAAUCCAUCUGCUCCAAACGAAUUUUUCGAAUCGGACACGGACAGAUUCAUGUCUACCAUCACGCAAAAUGAUUCAGAAGCGUCCGACGCCCCUCAACCGAAACCUCAUGAGGAAUCUGACAUGCAGUCUUCGGAAUCUUCCAAAGAGCUAGAGGAAUCGCCCGCUCCGUCUGCAAGGAUAACAUAUCCCAAACGUCCCAAACGAGCCACGCGUCGUCGAUCACAACAUUCAUGA